AUGUAUGACUUGUACGUUGAAUAUUGUUUAGAAAAGAAAAUUCGUCCACAAAGUGUUUCGUGGUACAGACACAUUUUCAACUAUGAAUAUAAUCUUGAUUUUCUUAAACCAGAAAGUGACCGAUGUGAUUUUUGUGAAGAGUAUAAAAUUGCCCUACGAGAGAACAGAAUGAGUGAAGAACUGGAACUGUUAAACAGGCAGCAUAUUUUAAAGAAAAUCCUAAUGAGAAGAGAACGGGAACAAGAUGAAAUAAUUUCGCCUUCUGAAGGCGAGGAGCCGUUUGAAUCGUCGGGAAGUGAGUACUCGCCGACGGAAGUCGUCCACGGACAAGUGGCUUACGGCGAUUCUUAG